UACCUUAUCAGUAUAUACACAAUACUCGAUAUCAUUAGAAUUGCUGCCAUGUUUCGUCUUGCCGCACUUUUUGCGUUUCUCUGUAUGGUAUCAGGGAACACACCUGCCUAUGAAACUUUGUUCGAGCGCUAUGACAACGCUCAAGGUGCAAUGAGCAAACCGGAAUUUCAUAACUUUUGGUUGAUGUCAUUUGAUUCUAACCACGAUAGCCGGAUUACCGCCAAGGAAUUUAGAGACCACUGGAUAUCCAACCGCCUCCCCCACACUGACCACGCUCUCCUCUUCUUCAUUGAGAUGGACGUCAACCACGACACAGUCAUUGACAUAACGGACCUCGAUAAACUCUACCCUCUCUUCGAUAAGAAUGAGGACGGGUUCAUUGAAAAUGACGAGUUUUACGCUGUCUGGGACGCGCUGUUUGAGGACGUGCUCGAUCUUCAUAGUAGUUAAAACAAUCUGACAAUGGCGUCAAUGAAUGGGGUUCAAUGUUUUGAACAUCAUCCGACCGCACAUACAAUGUAUAUCAAGGUGUAUAUAUUCUUUUAUGUGAAAACACAUUUUCUAUUUAAAUUUAGGUUUGAUAUUCAUUCACUCAAGGGCCUAUUAUAAAAUAUAUUCAGUAAAUAUAGGAAAUUGAUAACGCCCCUGUACGUCACGGUUGUGUCAUUUAACCGCCCUCCAAGAUGGUUGAUCACAGCUAAUUACGUAACCUUUGUUUUCAUGUUGGCACACACAUUAUUCCUUAGCUAAAAUGUUUUGGUUUUUUUUUAUCGUAUGGAGUCUUAAGUGAAUUAAUAUAAAGAAAUAUCAGGAAAUAUGCCAAAGAGAAGAAAAAAUGAAUUUAAUAAAUUCCAUAGCCCUUCUUUUUGGGGGUUUUGCAUUU